AUGCAAGCUAAGCUCAUUGCCCUCUCUGGUAUGCUGGCCAUUGCCAGCGCCAGUCCAAUCGCUGAGAUCUCCGCGGCAAAGAGAGACGUCAUUGGCGCCCUCGACGAGAGCGCCGACCAGUUCGAGAUCGACCACCAGCCUCUACUCGACUUUGACAGCGACGGCUGCUACCAGACGUCCGCCAUUAACAAGGAUGGCAAGACCAACCCCGGCCACGGCGCUACCGGCACCCCCCAGGGCGACUGUCGCGAUCCUCACCAGCUCGACAAUGCCAACUCGUAUUCGCGCAAGCGCUGCAAUAACGGAAUUUGUGCUACCAUGUACGAGACAUAUUAUGAAAAAGAUCAAUCGGUCUCGGGGACCUUCGCGGGAGGGCAUCGCCAUGAUUGGGAGAAUAUUGUCGUCUUUACAAAGGGCAACGAUGUGGUGCGUGUUGCGCCGUCAUGCCACGGCAAGUACAGCAACGCGCGCAACGACUUCCCUAAGCGGGACAACCACCCCCUGCUAGUGUAUCACAAGGACGGUGCAGGCACUCACUGCUACCGCUUCGCCAAUGACGACGACAUUGCUCACCCGGAGAACCCUCGCAAGGACUUUUUCCGCGCGCCGCUCAUCGGCUGGAACAAGUGGCCCAGCGAGGACCUUAAGAACAAGAUGCUCAACGCCUUCAAGGGCGGUGUGGGUCCCAAGCUGGAUGACGAAUUUACCGACUCGCUCAAGGCGGCGGCUGGCGAUGGUGUCCCCGGCUUUGACCCUGCCAAGGACGAGUAA